CGUCACUUGCAUCUAUCCUUCACCAUCUCAGCCAUGGCAGAGCAAUCCCAUCGGGCUCAUCGCAAGCCCUCAGCGGGAGGAAAGGCCGAAAAGAAGGACAAGGCCGCCGGCAUCGACCGCUCCUCUGCUAAAGGCUACAACCCAAAGGCCUUCACAAGUCAGUCAUGGCGAUCAGCUAACAUCGCCGCGCGGCGAACCGCCGAGAAAGACCAGAAGCGUCUCCACGUCCCUCUUGUGAACCGUAACCCCGAGGAACGCAAGGUCACAGCUCAGAAGGGGCAGGGGAUGGACGAAGGUCGCGUUCCUCCGCCGCCCAUCGUCGUUGGCAUUGUCGGCCCACCCGGAGUGGGAAAGACCACUCUCAUCCGUUCCCUUGUCCGCCGCUACACUAAGCACAACACCUCGCAGCCACAGGGUCCCAUCACCGUUGUGAGCGGUAAGACGCGCCGCAUCACGUUCGUCGAGUGCGGGAACGACCUCAACUCGAUGAUCGACCUGGGCAAAGUCGUUGACCUCGUGCUCCUCAUGAUCGACGGCAGCUUCGGCUUCGAAAUGGAGACGUUCGAGUUUCUCAACAUUCUCCAGGCGCACGGUUUCCCCAAGGUCAUCGGCAUUCUUUCGCAUAUCGACCUCAUUAAGAAGCAGUCGACGCUCAAGGACACCAAGAAGCGCAUCAAGCACCGUUUCUGGACCGAGAUCUACCAGGGCGCCAAGCUCUUCAGCAUGUCGGGCGUCAUUAACGGCCGCUACCCCGACGCCGAGAUCAACCUGCUCACGCGCUGCAUGUCGACCAUGAAGUUCCGUCCCCUCGUCUUCCGCAACCAGCACCCGCACCUCCUCGCAGACCGUAUUCAGGACAUGACGCCGCCUGAGGCUGUCCGCAAGAACCCCAAGAUGGACCGCACCAUCACGCUCUACGGCUACCUCCGUGGACCCAACCUGCCGGCGCGCAACGCCAAGAUCCACAUUCCUGGCGCCGGAGACCUCGAGGUGCGCGAAGUCGAGCGCCUGACCGACCCGUGCCCGCUGCCAACGCUAGAGUCGGAGCGUCGCCGAAAGAUGGGCGAGAAGGCCAAGCUCAUCCACGCGCCAAUGAGCGAUGUCGGCGGCGUCAUGUACGACAAAGAUGCGGUGUACAUUAACGUCCUCGGCUCGUUUUCCAAGGACAGCGAUGCGCCCAAGGGCGAGGGCGAGCGCAUGGUCAUGGAGAUGCAGGACGCCAACGCGACUCUCGCCGACGGCAUCAAUAACUCGGAGAUCCGCUUGUUCGGCAACUCGUCCGGCGCACUGCGCGUCGAUGAGCGAAGAGACCGGCGCGUACGUCGUCGCGCUGAUCCCCGCUCCGGCGGUCCUAUCCUCGGUGCCGCGGACGAGGACGAGAGUGACUUUGACGACGGGUUCGACGACGAAGAUGGCGGCGCGCGUAUUGAGGAGAUGAACGUGGACGACGAGGAAGACGGAGAUGGUGCCAUGUACGCUGACUCGGACUCGGACAACGACCUCUCCAUGGCCACUGGGUUCCAGCAGGACGGCAAGCGCGUCGAUCUGUCGGACGAAGAGUAUGAGGGCGACGAGGCCGAGGUCGACAGCGACAUGGAGGACGUGCCGCGGUGGAAGCAGAACCUUGCGCAGCGUGCGGCCGCUGGAUUUGCGGAGCGCAUGCAGCGGCGGCGGGACCUCAUGUCGAUGAUCUACGGCGACGAGCUGUCACCCGAGGAGAUUGCCGCCGGCAAAACGCGGCCGUCGUCUGCCGACGCCGAGUCGAGCAAGAUGGCCCUUGAGAACGAGGGCUUUUUCCGGGUAUCGGGCGACGACAACUCGGGCGACGACGACCAACUCAAGGUGUCAGUCGAUGCUGCAGCGCUCGAGGCGCGCUGGUCCGAUGGGGCGCUGCUGGACUCGCUGCAGAGCAUGUUCAUCUCCGGCAAGAUGGGCGAGGAGACGGCUGAGGGCUUGCCGUACGAAGAGGAGGGCGGUGACUUUGAGGACCUGGAGGGCGAUGAGGACGGCGACAACGUCCCCUACGUCGGUGUCAAGCCGGCUGGGGCGCCCAAGUCGGCCGAGGAAAUGGAGGCUGUUCGCCAAGAUGCGCUCGACAAGAAGAAGAAGGCGCUCGCAGCCAAGUUUGACGAGCAGUAUGACGACGACUCGGACGGCGAGGGCGGCAAAAUGGACUUCUACGACCAGCAGAAGGCCGAGAUGGCCAAGCAGCGCGAGAUGAAUGAGGCCGAGUUCGAGGGAAUGGACUCGAACGCGCGAGCGCAGAUCGAGGGUUUCCGCUCGGGCUCUUACGUCCGCCUCGAGAUCGACAACGUGCCGUGCGAGCUUGUCGAGAACUUUGACCCCAAGUUCCCGAUCAUCGUCGGCGGCUUGCUCCAGGCCGAAGAGGCGUUUGGGUUCAUCACCGUCCGCAUCAAGCGUCACCGUUGGUUCACCAAGACGCUCAAGACGAACGACCCGCUCAUCUUCUCGCUGGGCUGGCGGCGCUUCCAGACACUUCCGCUGUAUCACCUGGACGACCACUCGAUCCGCAACCGCAUGCUCAAGUACACGCCAGAGCACAUGCACUGCUUCGCGACAUUCUAUGGGCCGGUCAGCGCGCCAAACACAGGUUUCGCCGCAUUCAACUCGCUUGCGGACGAUGUCCCUGGUUUCCGCAUCUCGGCGACGGGUGUCGUGCUCGACAUUGACCGCAGCACCAAGAUUGUCAAGAAGCUCAAGCUCACGGGCACGCCAUACAAGAUCUUCAAGAACACGGCCUUCAUCAAGGACAUGUUUAACUCGGCGCUCGAGGUGGCCAAGUUUGAGGGUGCCAACAUCCGUACGGUCUCCGGCAUCCGCGGCCAAGUCAAGCGCGCGCUGGCCAAGCCGGACGGCGCGUUCCGCGCGACCUUCGAGGACAAGAUCCUCAUGUCGGACAUCGUCUUCCUGCGCGCAUGGUACUCGAUCGAGCCGAAGAAGCUGUACAACCCCGUGACAUCGCUGCUGCUCGCCGACAAGAAGUCGUGGCAGGCAAUGCGCCUCACGGGCCAGAUCCGCCGGGACGAGCAGGUCGACACGCCGCUUGACCCCAACUCGGCAUACCGCACGAUCGAGCGCAGCGCGCGCAAGUUCAACCCCCUCAAGAUUCCGCGCAAGCUCCAGGCCGACCUGCCGUACGCGUCCAAGCCCAAGAUGAUGAAGGCGCAGAACAAGCCCACAUACAUGCAGUCGCGGGCGGUCGUGCUUGGCGACGAGGAGAAGAAGGCCGUCGCGCUGCUGCAGCAGAUCCAGAGCCUCGAGAAGGACAAGAAGGCGCGGCGGCACGCCAAGAAGGAGGAGGACCGGAAGGCGCACCGCAAGAAGGUCGACGAGAGCGAGGAGCGGCGCGCGGAGAAAAUCCGCGCCGAGCGCAAGGCACACCUCCGCACCGAGGCGAUCAAGCGCAAGCACCAGGAGGCGAUGGCUGAGUCGGGCGGGCGGGGCAAGCGGAAGCGUACUUAGAUGGGGAGAAUUGAUCAGGCAUGUACUGUUUUUGC